UCACUAUAUCCGAUCAAUCGUGAUGUUCGUGAGAUCGGUAAUAAAAAAUGAUAUAAAUUUAUAAAAAACGAUAUAAAUUCAUAGAAAUCCUAUUGUUCUCAAUUUAUUUCUAUCAACUUUUUUUUACCAGAUUCCAGAAUUGGCUAUUGACCUAGCUAUGACAGAUUUCCUAACCUAAAUAAUCUGAACUGUAACGGAUUAGUAUCUCGACUCAAAAGACAGCGAUAGUUUUUUCUAAAGAAUUCCUAAAAUUCGGUUGUUUCAUGCAAAAAAACGUCGAAUGAGCAUAAUUUUAUCAAAAUUAGAGGAAGCUCAACUAAACAAUUACCCAUAGCUUAAUAGGUUAAGUUGUUUUUGUGUUGUUAACGUCAUUAUAUGUACAACGUUUACACUUGACCGAGUUACACGAUUCUAAUUAGUUCUCGCUCCGAUUUAAUAUUUCUCUCUCGCGCGACUGUCGACAAGACUCGCAACAUGUUAUCAAGAAAGAAUAAAGAUCUCAGGACGAUCAAGGAGGGAGUAAUUGGCAAAUAUGUGAAGAAAGAAACGCCUCCCGAGAUGCCAAUUAUCAAUGUGUGGACAACAGAACCGAACAAAAAACCUAGGCGGCGUAACAAUCAUCCAAUGAUGCCAAGUUCUACGUCCAUUUCUCCGCAACCUAGUAUGGUGCAAAAGUUCGGAAAUAUGAAAACUACAAACAGCGCCGUUGGUCUGGGCAGCCAUGAAGGAAAAUAUACACCAAAUAAUUCUGUUCCUGAUUUAAGUCAAAGAUUUGCUGGCCUAUCUGUUAAUACUGGAAUGAAUGACUGCAUGUUUUCGAGGACAGCAACACCCAUGUACCAUGCCGAACUGUCACCCGCAAUGUCACAUACUUACAUCAAUCAAUAUGCUGGAUCCGAGUACCAUCUGGAUAGGGUCCAGACACCACAAAUGCCUUACAUGCCUUUCGACAUCGACAGUUACGAAGAUUAUAAUCACUCCAUUUAUCGUCAUAAUGCUAGCUAUAGUAGAUGCUAUUCGGAAAGAUCAAGUUCUCGAAAUGAGCAGCAGCAGGAUGAGUUGCCUUUGCCACCUGGAUGGUCAGUUGACUUCACACUCCGUGGUCGAAAAUAUUACAUCGAUCAUAAUACUAAGACCACGCAUUGGUCGCAUCCACUUGAAAAAGAGGGUUUACCCACAGGAUGGGAGAGAAUUGAGUCUCCUGAAUACGGCGUUUAUUACGUCAACCACAUCACGCGCCAAGCUCAGUAUGAACAUCCGUGUUACCCACAUGAGAUGCAAGCUGUACGGGUCGUAUCACCACCACGGCAUACUCACUUUCACUCUCACAGUGUUUUGGUGCCGGCCAAUCCAUAUCUGAAUGAGGAAAUACCACAUUGGCUGUACGUGUACAGCAGAGCCUCAAUAGCUUUAGAUCGUAAGCUGCGUUGGGAAUUGUUUCGUUUGCCCGAGUUGGACUGUUUCAAUGCUAUGCUCACCAGACUGUAUAAGCAAGAACUGGAGGAAGUUGUAAUGCGUUAUGAGGAAUAUAGAUCGGCAUUACUAUGCGAAAUGGAACAAAGACUGAAAGAAUUAAAUCCAGAAUCUGGUAAUUCUAAUGUUGGUGCUAUUGCUUUACGAAGAUCUCUUCCCUAAGAGAGAAGUUUAUUAAACAAUCAAUUGUUAUACAUUCUUUCUCUUUUGACUGAUUAAAGAAAAGUUUCCUGGAAGCUUUAUAAUAAAAAGCUUUAUAAUAAAUGAUUGAUAAUUCUACUUUGCAAAUGUAUAUAUAGUGUAACACCUAAAGAAAAUUUUCUUUUUUAUAAUACAAUU